AGGCAGCCUGCUCUUCUGGGUUUCCAGAGGCGUGUUCUGGGCUCGGCCACCCACAGGGGAUUAGUUUCGGUUAAGCAUCCAUCCCCCUCCCGUGAAAGAGCGUAAAAAAAAAAAAAAAAAAUGCGUUAAGCCCUUCUGGACCCUUAAAGGGAGGCUGGUGAAUGAAUUAGUCAUAGUUGUCUCAUUCUCGUGGGGUGUGGUUUGGAGGAGAAGAGGAGCAUGAUAGGGCCCAGGGGGUACUAGGCCUCCGAAGCCCAAGGUGGUGUCUUUAACGUAACCCCAGUCGCCUUCCCUGUGGAAUUUUAUCCCUGUGCAGGGAGGAUUUGUGAGGUGUGAAAAGGGUGGGGCGAGAAACAGGGUAUCUUUACACAAGUGCUUAAAGGGUGGAGAGGAAGUAGAAGCGGGGACUUUUGGGACUGUCUGCGAACCCCUGGUGUUUGUUUCGGUGGCUCAGCUCCUUUUGUUUAGUUCGUUUUCCUGAAACUAGGCAUAGCACUUUGGCCUGAUGGGGUUGCUUCAGUGAACCCAUGUCGUCUGGAAGGUUAGGAGAGCUGCUGUUUCACAUCCCGCAGAUGUGCCCUGCUCUUGCCAAAAACCAGCUUCCAGUGUUAGGACCUAAGUGCUUGUGAAACUGAACACAACAAAAGUAUGGAGAUGGGAAACCAACAUCCUUCUAUUACUAGGCUUCAGGACAUCCAAAAGGAGGUGAAAAGCAUAGAGCAGCAAGUAAUUGGUUUCAGCGGUCUGUCAGACGACAAGAAUUACAAGAAACUGGAGAGGAUUCUAACAAGACAACUUUUUGAAAUAGACUCGGUAGAUACUGAAGGAAAAGGAGAUAUUCAGCAAGCUAGGAAGAGGGCAGCACAAGAGACAGAGCGUCUUCUCAAAGAGUUGGAGCAGAAUGCAAACCACCCACACAGGAUCGAAAUAGAGAACAUUUUUAAAGAAGCCCAGUCCCUAGUGAAAGAGAAGAUUGUGCCAUUUUAUAGUGGAGGCAACUGUGUAACUGAUGAGUUUGAAGAAGGCAUCCAGGAUGUCAUUUUGAGGCUGACACACGUUAAAACUGGAGGCAAGAUCUCCUUGCGGAAAGCACGGUAUCACACUUUAACCAAAAUCUGUGCAGUGCAAGAGAUUAUCGAGGACUGCGUGAAAAAGCAGCCUUCCCUGCCGCUUUCUGAGGACACGCAUCCCUCAGUUGCCAAAAUUAACUCUGUGAUGUGUGAAGUGAACAAGGCCAGAGGCACUCUGAUUGCCCUUCUUAUGGGAGUGAACAGUGGUGAGACUUGCAGGCACUUAUCUUGUGUGCUGUCGGGGCUGAUGGCCGAUCUGGAUGCUUUAGACGUGCGCGGCCGCACCGAAAUCAGAAAUUACCGGAAGGAGGUCGUGGAAGAUAUCAACCAGUUAUUGAAGUACUUGGAUUUAGAAGAGGAAGCAGAUAGCACUCGUGCGUUUGACCUGGGGCAGAAUCAUUCCAUUUUAAAAAUAGAACAGGUCCUCAAGAGAAUGAGAGAAAUAAAAAACGAACUUCUUCAAGCACAGAAUCCUUCAGAAUGGUACCUGAGCUCCAAAACAGAGCUGCAGGGUUUGAUUGGACAGUUGGAUGAGGUAAGUCUUGAAAAAAACCCCUGCAUCCGGGAAGCCAGGAGAAGAGCAGUGAUCGAAGUUCAGACCCUCAUCACUUACAUCGACCUGAAGGAAGCCCUCGAGAAGAGAAAGCUGUUUGUUUGUGAGGAGCACCCCUCACACAAAGCGGUCUGGAACGUCCUGGGAAACUUGUCAGACAUCCAAGGGGAAGUUCUCUCAUUUGAUGGCAGUCGAAAUGAUAAGAACUACAUCCGGCUGGAAGAGCUGCUCACCAAGCAGCUACUUGCCCUGGACGCCGUUGACCCACAGGGAGAGGAGAAGUGUAAGGCUGCCCGGAAGCAGGCAGUGAAGCUUGCACAGAAUAUCCUCAGCUAUCUCGACUUGAAAUCCGAUGAAUGGGAGUACUAAAACGCCAGAGAGCCCACGGUUGAUCAUUCUCAUUUUGCACUUUAUACAUAUGCCUGUGUAUUUAUAGAGAGCUUUCAGUUUGUUGAGCCUGGAUGUGAUUUAUACAUGCAUAUGUCAAUCUCAGUAUUUAGGAUUUAAGCAAAUUCAGUAUCUCUGCUGCUUUUGAUGUUGAAAAACAAAUAUUACAACAUACUAACUUUUCCAUUUGGAUCACUAUGUUGUGGUGUGGUUUUCUGUUGUUGUUUUUUUUUUUUUAAAUCAGAAAAUGGAAUAGGGGCAGCUUUUAAAACAGUUUUAAUAGGUUGUUCAAGCAUUAAAACGCAGAUGUUUCAGAAUCUAGAAUAGACAUAACCUUACAUAAUAAAUACCAGGACAGUUAUGAGGAAGGGGGAAAUUUUUGGUUAAAUGGAAGUAAGGUCCAAGCACAAACGCAGUACAAUGAAAUGUUUUAUUAUGCUAAGUAAAGCAGAAGGAUUUUUUUCAUUUAUAAAACCCAAUUGGUUCCACCCAAUUUAAUAGGGUGGGAGUCUUUUUGUUUUUUUGGAUGGUGGGUUUUUUCAUAAACAUUUUUUGUUUGAAAUACAGUGUAUUUUCUCCUGUACUCUGCAUUUAGAGGGGGAGUCUUAUUUUUGUGUAUGACAUAAUAAAAUUAUGAAAAUGAAUAGCAAAAACACCUUUGAGACUGCAUUGAAGAAGGGAUAAAACACCAGCUGAUACCUUCAAGUUGUUUUUGUUUGUAAAAUCUAAACUUAGAAUUUCCCUUAGAAAUUACUAAGGAUGGGAACAUUUAAAUGAAGUUAAUGGACCUUGAAAAAAAAAA